AUGUUUGCAGAGCAUGGGAACCAAUUCUCUGUGGUUUCUGGGAGCUACCAGAAGACUUUGCUGGCCCUGGGGAAGGUGAUGUGGCCUGCAGCUGGUGAUGGUGGGGCCUGUGUCCUGCCGUCCACACCCUUCUUUGACCUUUUACAACAUCGGUACCAGCAGCUGUGGGUACAGGAGCAGAAGGCCACUCAGCAAGCCAUCAAACUGGAGAAGAAACAGAAGGUGAUCCUGGGAAAGCUGUACGAGACCAGGAGCAGUCAGUUGAGGAAGUACAAGCCGCCCGUGAAGCUGGAUACUCUCUGGCACAUGCCUCACUUCCAGAAGGCGAGCUCCCAACUUUCAACAUUCCCCACUGAGGCCGAUCGCCAGCGAGCUCUUAAGGCCCACCGGGAAGAGUAUGCCGUGCGCCAGGGCCCCCUGAGGAUGGGCAACUACACCCACCCCUAGCCCUCCCCACAGAGGGAGCCUUCUUGAUGCAGUAGAAAAAUCCCCAAAGAAUUCAUUUUUCACACCCAAACUCCAGGAAGACACUCCCACAUUCUGACACAGCUCUGCCACAGGGACCUCAGAUUUUUAGGUUACUUAUUUUUUUAUAAGAACCCCGAGCCUCCCCACCCUUUCUGUCUUGUCUAACCCCAAUUUCCCUCUGCCUAGGGAGCCACCAUUCUCCUCCUCCUCACUCUUCUCCACUCUUCUCUCCUCUUUCCCCUUUUUCUUCUUUUCCCCUUUCUCCUUCCGUUUUCACCUCCUCCUCCUUUUCCAGGAGACCCACUCGGCCUAUUUACAAGACUUACUUUACAAAAUAAACCAAAAUUACAAGGAAGUAUUAAAAUAAAUAAAUCCAGGCUAUGAGUCAAUUUCAUAGCCCUGUCUACCAGGCACCAAGAAUGACCUGUGUAUUUACUACAGAAAGAAUACCACCCCCCCACCCCCCACAGGCUUUGAAAGCCCUCAUUUCAUAUUCCAAACAUGAGUUUUAAUUGCCCUUCUGGAGAUGUCUGGGGUCUCGACAUGGCAGGAUUCUCUCUCUGGGACCCCUGACAGCAGGAAGAGCCUGCAGUUCAUUACUCAGGGCCAGCCCCCACCCUUAGUGCUAUGGACCUGUCAAUCACACAGACCAGCAUGGUCUUAAGACUACCUGGAUGUCGCUCACCCCUCCAAAGAAGAGCACCUUGU